AUGCUCUUUUACUUUGUUUUCCCUAUGUCGCUUAACACUUGUGUCUGCAUGAUAGCUUCGCGGUGUAACAUAUCUUUCAGGCAUAUUCUUAAUACCCCAGUAUCCGAACAAGAAUUCUUGGAGCAUCUACAUGAACUGGACCACAAAAUCAACUUCUCAUUGGGACAGUCUAUAUCCGAGUACAAAUCUUUGGAGGAUGUCAGUACACUGUUGAAAAAUCUGAAAAUCAAAGCCAUCACUAAGAUACGCGAAUACCUACUGCAGAAGAUAUAUUCAUUACGAAGGCCUCUGACAAAUUACCAAAUACCUCAGAAUCAAUUGCUAAAGUAUCGCUUUUACAACGAAUUUUUGCUAGCUCAUGAUCGUGAGACUGCCCGCGAAAUACUCACUGAGUACGUGAACACCAUGAGCAAAGUGUAUUAUUCUUACUUCAAGGCAUAUUGCGCCAAACUGAACAAGGUGCAGCUGGAUACGACAUCAGAAAAAGACAUUUUGCUUGGCAAACGGUUCGAAGAACAAGGCUCUUAUGGUAGUGGGAGUUCAGUCAUAUCGACGAUGAGCUUCCCGACCUCAAGCUCCACGAACUCCAGUCCGUCUGCAGGCGCUGUGCGCGUUGGCAUCUUCGCCUUGGGUGAUCGUGCAACUCGAGUGCUUAGCAAGUCAGGUUUGGAAGCUCCGAUUAUUCUUCCCCAUGUUGCAGUUAAGGGUGAUGUGAAGUAUCCCUUGGAGGUCCUGUUUCGUUCGAUUCAGUUUGCUCUUCUGGAUGUCGCUUGUCGGGAAUACUUCUUCCUAUCGGACUUCUUCUUCUUGUCUCCUGAAAGUCCUGAGUCGUUGUCUUACCAGGCACCCGCACUUCAACAUGCACCGACCGGAGGAGCUUUAACUGCGUUAUUCGACCAAGUCAUGGGACGGACGCUCAAUCUUUUGCGCAAACAAGUCGAAAGCAACCUAAUUCCCAUCGGUUCUCAUGACGCUUUGGGUUUAUUGAUCUGCUUGCAGGUGCUUCACGCUAUGCUGCGUUUAGCUCGAGAGCGAGGCGUCCAUGUGAUGGAAAAGUUCUGGACAUCGCUUACGGAAACUUUAUGGGUUCACGUAACCGAUCGUCUGGACGCACACAUCGCAUCUUUGCGGAACGAUUUCGAUGUAACGAACUUCAACAUUAGCGCGAGAGGAUUGGUUGGCACAAUGGCCGGUGGCGUCAGUGGUUCUGGUUUGUCGGGUCGAACGUAUCCGCUUAUCAGGCCUCAUGCCGUGGCCAGACGAUACGCGGAAUUGGCCGCAAGUUUACAUUCCAUUGGACAUGGUUACCCCGGAUCUCCUCUCUUCCCUGAUUCUGAUGAUGGCACUCUGAAACAGAAGUCAGGAGAAGCAUCAAGUUCCCCCAGAUCAUCUUAUGGAGGUCCGUCAUCCUUCCCAACCGGUUCGCUUUCUGGAAUCAGUGCGCUGCGAGUUAGCGUACAAUCCAGUGAUAAAAGCGUUAUCAAGCCGACGCUGGACGCCAGGAUUCUCAGUCGUCUAGCUCAGCUUCAAACACAAUUCGAAUGCGUGCUGACGCGUCUGGCCGAUUCUUUUCCUACCCAGCGAUUGAAGUGUGUAUUUCUGAUCAACAACUUCGACCUUGUUCUCAGCGUUUUAACGGAACGCGGAGCAGGUGAUUCUGCUGAGGCCGUGCGUUGUCGAGAAGCUGCGGCGAAACACACAACUACGUUCAUUAACGAAGCCCUAACUCCCUAUUUCGGGAGUUUGAUCUCUUUCGUACGUGAUUUCGAAAGUCAACAAACGCCUAACUCUGUCCUUCAAGUAGGAAACGAACCGGAAACGUCAGCAAUCGCACGAAAUGAAGAAGCUCGCGCUAUCCGAAUCAUAAAAGGCUUCAACAUUGACUGGAAAAAUUCGAUCGAAAAGAUACACAGUGAAAUUAUGAUAGAAUUUGCCAACUUCACCUUGGGUACGGAAAUUUAUCAGAAUACCAAGAUGUAA